CGGAGCUGCGCUAUACUUUCAAGUUGCUGAAGGCCUCUAGCUGAGCAUAACGAUCGUGGCUGACGAAAGCCUCCGUGCGGCACACCUAAAAUUACGAUUCCGAAUGCUCCUCCAAGGAGUUGUCAUAUGAUACUAUUGAUGUGAGCUUCAGGGGAGCAGGCCCAUUACGGAAGGUAGACCAGGGACAACUCCUUCUCGGCUUAACCGGGCCGGAUCGUGGAAUGCCUCGCCAAAGACUCAUUGCGAGGCGACAUGGAGCCAAGCCCGCCUUCUCUUGCGGCUCUGAUCUUGAUGCUGUACGAGUAUAAAGUCGAUGAUCUCCUGCAAUGUCCCAAAGUCUAUCCAAGCAGCUCUUGGACCAAAAGCCAUCGGUCACUCAACAGGCGCGGCCACAUUCGUUCAACUUUGAAUUGAUAGCACCAUGUUAACCGAGACACUCAAGUCAAGAAACAUGUUGCAAUCAAUCCUUGCUCUUCUUGCCACCGCCCUGGGCUCAUCUGCCUUCGCCAUCCCUGAACUCCCAGAGGUCUCGCUUCAGCCCCGGCAAGCUUGCGAGAACACUGCAACGUCUCGCCAAUGCUGGGGUGACCUUUCAAUCGACACCAACUACUAUGAAGUUCUUCCCAGCACCGGGCGCCCGCCGCAGGAGUAUUGGCUGAGUGUCGUGGAGGGCCCUUGUGCCCCAGACGGAUAUAACAGGACCUGUAUGACCUUCAACGGCACCGUGCCGGGGCCAACCCUCUUCGCCGAUUGGGGCGACGAGCUCGUUAUCCAUGUCACAAACAACAUGGUCAACAAUGGCACCGCAAUCCACUGGCACGGAAUUCGCAUGCUGAAUAACACGCUCAACGACGGCGUUCCCGGAGUGACGCAGUGCGCCAUCGCCCCGGGCGAGUCCAUGACAUACCGCUUCAACGUCACCCAGUACGGCUCGACUUGGUACCACAGCCACUUCAGCCUCCAGUACGCCGAGGGUCUUUUCGGGGGCAUGAUUCUCCGGGGGCCUAGCACGGCCAACUGGGACGAGGAUCUCGGAGUCUUGUUUCUGCAGGACUGGUCGCACGUCGAAGCCUUCACUAGGUGGCAUGAAGCGAAAGCCGGGUUUCCUCCGUCACUCGAUGGCGGCCUGAUCAACGGCACAAACACAUUUGACUGCUCCACACUGUCGCCGGCGGAUCCCAAGUGCACCGGCAACGGCAAGAAGUUCGAGACAGUCUUCGAACCCGGCAAGAAAUAUCUUAUCCGCCUCAUCAACGUGGCAAUCGACGGAGUGUUCCAGUUCAGCAUCGACGGACACAGCCUCACCGUCAUAGCGACGGACUUGGUGCCCAUUGUCCCCUACACGACCGACAGCGUCCAGAUCACCAUAGGCCAGCGAUAUGAUAUCAUUGUCGAGGCAAACGCAACGCCGGGCAACUACUGGAUGCGGGCCGACUGGGUCACAGCCUGCGUGACCAACGAUCACCCCGAGCACAUGACGGGCAUCGUUCGCUAUGACGCGAGCAGCAUCGACCCCCCGACGUCCGAAAGCAACGUCACAAAAACCAGCAGCUGCCUCGGCGAGCCAAAUGAAAAGACGAUCCCGCACUUGUCGCUCGAUGUCACCAACAUUGGCGGCACCAACGUUGAGGAACUGUCCUUUGACGCGACCUCUGGCGACUACUUCCAGUGGACUCUCAAUACGAGCAGCCUGGUGCUCGAUUGGGGGAACCCGACGAUGGCCCGAAUCUUCAACGGGGAUGUCCUCUUCCCCACCGAGUACAACGUCGUUGCCGUCAACAAAACCGGCACUGGCCCGGAAUGGACAGUCCUAGUGAUUCAAGACCAAAGCAAUUUGCCCAUUGCGCAUCCGAUCCACCUGCACGGCCACGACUUUUGGGUGCUGGCCGCCGAGGAGGGCGUCUUCAAUGGCAACAUGAGCAGCUUCAACACGAGGAACCCGGCGCGGCGCGACGUCGCCACGCUGCCGGGCAGAGGCUACCUGGCCAUCGCCUUCCAAAUCGACAACCCAGGCACCUGGCUGACACACUGCCACAUUGCCUGGCACGCCAGCCAGGGCCUUUCGCUCGAGUUCGUCGAGAGCCAGUCCGAGAUUGUGACCGACGAGGUCAGCCGCGGCGUGUUUAACGACGUCUGCGCUUCCUGGCGGGCACAUGACCCCCUCUGGGAGCAGGAGGACUCGGGAAUUUGAGUUUGACGGUGUCUUUUUUCUUUCUUUCCGGUGUUUGAGACUAACAUAUGUAUCAUGGAAUUUCUUUAUUCUUUUCCUUGGUCCGUGUUGUCUGCUCUGUGGUUUAGAAUACAUGAGGAAACCCAACUGGGUGUUGAGUGGACUCCUCGGGCUCGAGCCCAACGCUCAUUGUUUCCCUAGAAGCUUUCCUGUCUCCGGUUCACCACUCCAUUGUUUGUACGGGGUACUUAACGGAUUGUUAGUCUCACUCAGUCGGCUGCAAGUGAUGGAGAAGUUUCAACUCGCAAUCUCGGACGUCCUGGCCGCGGCUCCUGCAAUGGGGGGGAUGGUCGCAGUGUGUACUGUUUAGUAGUACAGAAAAGCACAGUAAAAGGAAUACGAACUGUGUG